AUGCCUCCCUUCAGCUUAUCUUCUCCGCGUUAUCGCUUAAUUCAAACUCAGGCUUUCAACGUCUUCAUCUACCUGAUCGGCCUUCGCCUCGUGAAUGCGCUGACUGUUCGUACCUUUUUUCAACCAGAUGAAUUCUUUCAAUCCCUUGAGCCGGCUUGGCAGAUUGCAUUUGGAGGAGACCAGGGUGCCUGGAUAACGUGGGAAUGGCGACACCAACUUCGAUCUUCACUACAUCCUCUUCUCUUCGCGGCAACAUACAAAAUGACUGACUUCUUUUCGUCCGUUAUUUGUAUUCCAUCUACGAUCCGUGCCGAGCUCUUGAUCGCCAGUCCGAAAACCACGCAGGCCGUGCUAUCAGCAAUCGGUGAUUUCUAUACCUGGAGACUUGCGAGUCGUAUCUACGGCGAGGGCUCUCAUAGCGCAUGGGCAACGUUAAUUACCACGAUUAUCAGUCCUUGGCAGUGGUUCUGCUCAACCAGAACCCUCUCAAAUUGCCUAGAAACAACAUUGACCAUUGUUGCAUUGAACCUAUGGCCAUGGCAAUGGUCUUAUUCUGUCACUAGUGAUAUCCUUCAGAACGGCAAGGAAGCACCUGAAGCUAAUACCCCUCAACUACUUUUGAAUCUCCGCCGAUGUCUGUCGCUGGCGGCAGUUGCUUGUAUUCUUCGUCCAACCAACGUUAUAAUAUGGGUAGCCUUGGCCGGGGUCGUUUGGCUUCGAGGUUCCUGGGACCAGCGCAAGAAUCUUGUACGCGAGGCUCUGCUUUGCGGAUCGAUAAUCUUGACUAUUUCCGCCAUGACAGACCGUCUAUUUUACGGAGUUUGGACAUUCCCUCCACUACGGUUCCUAUACUUCAAUAUUGCCCAAUCACUGGCGGUAUUCUAUGGGCGCAACAAAUGGCAUUAUUAUCUGACUGAGGGAUAUCCACUCAUCUUGACCACCUUGGUUCCAUUUGCUAUUCCAGGUUUACAUGUCGCUUUGACUUGUCGGGACUUUUCAGCUUCCAACCGAGCGCAGACUACCAUUAAAUUGCAAUUGGCAAUGGUCUGCAUCUUGAUGCCGUUUGUCCUCUCCCUUAUUUCGCACAAGGAAGUCCGCUUCAUCUACCCCUUACUACCAUCCUUACACAUCCUGGCUGCGCCUCGUUUGAUGCAAUUCUUCUGGCCAGCUCUGACCUCCAGCUCCCACACCCAUACUCCGAAGCGGCUAAUACUCAUCUUCCUAUUAUUGGUCAACGGAACCAUUGCGCUAUACACAUCUAUAUUUCAUGCCUCAGGACCCAUGAAGGUCCUUGAUUACCUCCGACAUCAGCAUGAAACUCAUUCAUUGUCUCAGGAUAUGGUCUACCCUUCAUCUUCAGUGCCCCCCGCGCCUGAAAUCGGGAUUACAGUCGGAUUUUUAAUGCCUUGUCACAGUACCCCAUGGCGCUCCCACAUGGUAUAUCCCUCUAUUCACGCCUGGGCACUCUCUUGUGAGCCUCCAAUCAGCCUCAAUGAGACACAAAAGGCGACCUACCGCGACGAAGCUGACCAAUUCUACGACGACCCGGAUGCCUUCUUACGCCAAAAUAUGGCUGGGGGACUUCGACAUCUACCCCGCCGACCAAGCUAUGUGACUGGGCACCGAGUAAUGACCAGCCCUUUCGAAAGUUCGAUGCUCCAUGAGUGGCCCGACUAUCUCGUCUUCUUCGCUCAGCUCGAGCCCACCAUGCGUCAGCUUAUCCGAGGCUCUUCUUAUGGCGAAUGUUCGCGUAUCUGGAACACCGCUUGGCACGACGACUGGCGACGCCGCGGCGACAUUGUGGUCUGGUGCUUGGACCCCGCUGAGCAGGAUUCAUGGCGCUCACAGAUACAGCAUCGCGCACAGGAAAGCCGGGACCGUCAAUUCGAACGCAUCCUGACCGCGAUUAAAAAAAACGCAAGCCCUCAACAAAAACGUGCAUGGAAAUCUCUUAUUCCAGGCUCUCUUCCGUGGUCUUCAUCCCCUUCGUCGUUCUCAUUUGCGUCGCUGCGGCGCACUGCUCAUUCACUCUUCUCUCGGCCCUCGACCCCUUGGCCAUGGGGUAAACGCUCUGUUAUGGAUGCCUUUUUAGCCAAAUUUCAGCGGAAAAAUACCAGUUUCCGGGAUUUAAUACCGUCCUGGCCAGAAUGGUUAGGCGGCCCGCUUAAGAGGAAGAUCAGUAAACGAGAGCGUGAGCUAUGGUCAUGA